UGUUAUCAAAAUAGUUUUAAUAAGAUUUUUAGAGUAGUUUCUCCUUCAUAAUUAUUUGAUAAGACAUAAGUGCUGGGGUUAGAUCUACUGAUGAGCGUUAAAUUAAAAAUUGGAAUAAAACUUUCGAGUUGCUCAUGUACGAGCUAAGGUUACGAAAGCCUCGUAAGAAAGGUCCAAUAGCUAACAGCAGGUGAACUCUUAGCCAUGUUGAAUGAAUAAUUCAUAAUUCAAAGAGGAUUUCAAGUCGAUCGACAAUGUGACUCUUUCGUAUAAAUUAUUUGGAAAAUCAGUGAAAACAUGAGAGAGGAAGUCAUUCUUAUAGUCGUAUCUUCUCUCGCUUGGGUCCAUUGUCAUUUGUACACCGAUACAAUUGGUGAUGCAGGCUCAGCCCAACACUGCAAGGAUGACACGUGCGUAACAGAUGAAAGACCGUGUUUUAUUCCUCGGGAAAACGGCAUCUUAACACGCCUAGACGGAGUAAGAGUUGGGCACAAGCAGGAGGUCGAUCUUGGAAAAGAAGGGAAAAAAGUACUAAUAACUCUGGCUUUGAAACCACUUUUGUUUGAGAUCCCGAAUUUCUUAUCUGAAGAAGAAUGCGACCAUAUUAUAUCGCUAGCUGAUGAAAAGGAGUUGGUCAAAAGUGUCGCCAAAGGAGGACUAACAGAGAGUGACACAUGGAAACAUGACCCAAAUCUGUUUGGAAAAGCGGAGGGCUCGAGAGGACUGUAUGAGAAUUGGGAUUUUGAUCAAGAUGGAAAAAUAACAAUUGAUGAGAUAAAGAGAUUUGCGAAGAUAGAGAGGUACCUUUAUCUCACGAAUGAAGAAGUGAAACGAAUAUUUGACGACUUGAAGCUGCGUGAGUUCGAUGAUGGUGUCAUUACUCGUGAAGAGUUUCAAGACAUGAACACGCUCCUUGUAGAUAGCUACUUGUACGAAAUGGGCCGCAGUCAUCCGCGUCACCGAGAAAGAUUCAGUGAACAAACAUGGCUGACACAGGAACACGAAGACGGAAUUCUUCAAGACAUUCGCAUGAGAGUACAGGCAAUUACAAAGCUGCCCGAUGAGAUUAUCUAUGGAAGUGAGUACUUACAGGUUGUCCGAUAUGGGGUUGAUGGGCAUUAUCACGCCCACUUGGAUAGCGAAACACACGAACAUCCAGAGAUACCUUGCUGUCAUCAGGUUCCAGGAGCCGGAAUAGAUCGUGAAAGUCGAUGCAAAUUAUGCAGAUAUGUUACGAUCCUCUAUUUCUUAAAUGAACCUCCCGAAGGAGGUGAAACAGCGUUCCCAAUGGCAGACAACGCAACUUUUGAUAAAGAGAAUUUUGCAUCAAUACGCUCCAAGCAAGAUAUCUACAAUCUCAGCGAGUUUUGCCACAAGGCAAAUCUGGCGGUGACUCCUAAAAAAGGAACUGCUAUCAUGUGGUAUAACCACGAAAUGGACCCAGACAGUGGCUGGCUGGGGCGAAUGGACGAAUAUUCAAUUCACGGGGGAUGCGCAGUCAAAAGGGGAAUAAAAUGGAUAGCAAACAACUGGAUCAAUGCGCCAUAUAAGAAGCUUGCUCAUGUCACAAGUCAAUACAUACUGGGUCCAGAUAUUUACUACAGCGAAGAUUGAAAAAAUAUGAUAUCGAUUAGUGUUGUUCGGAUCAAUUAGGGACACACGCCAGUUGUCAAUGUUACUGAUUGAUAAAGCAAAUGCAGAGUGUAAUAUGCGCAUGCACCAUGUAACUAUUCCGUCAUACAGGGAGGAAGAACGCUAAAUUACUUCAAAAUCGUAAUGAGUUUCCGCUAAAUAAUCUGGUGGUAUUCAUUGCAAUAGUGACGAUGAAACAACACGCAUGAACGUCCGACCAGAGUUGCAUUGAAAUAGAUAGAUGUACGGACUUCUACGCAAUCCACGUGGUAUAUUCUGAUUAUCGCUACUUCAUGAUCAAAUUUUCUCGUGAAAAGUGAAGUGAGUUAUUAUAUUGAUGCAAUAAAAUGGACGCAUUAUGCUGAACUUUAAUGCUUUGUUGUAGUGUUAACUCUUAUUUGUUUCGUGCGUAAUGUAGCAUAAAUGAACACUAUCUUUAUUUUGUUUUCAUAGGAUGAUAAAACUCAAUAAAAAAAAUUGGCUUUAUAGGCACCUGAUUCUCAGUACUUCCAUCAAAUAGAAAUGAAGAAAGGGAAAUGUUUCUUUAGUUAGGCCAGAUAGAGUUAUAAAAUGAAAUUUAAAAGACA